AUGAAAAUAGAUCUAGACAAGGCAAAACAAGAGGAAAAUCUGGAAACAAUGACAUUUGCCAUGCAGAAAACUCUUCCUUUACCACGACUUUCAACAAAUAUGAUAUAUUAUAAAAGACAACUGUGGCUUUAUAACUGUGGAAUUUAUGCGGGGAAACUGAGGGAGUCUACCUUCAAUAUAUGGAUUGAAGGUGAAGCAGGCCGUGGGGCUCAGGAGGUAGGGUCGCGUUUAAGGACAUAUUUCCUGACAAAUUUGCUAAAAAGUAUUGAACAUGUCAUUCUUUGGAGCGAUUCGUGUGGAGGUCAAAACCGAAACAUAAAAAUGGUGCUCAUUAUAAAGUGUGUUUUGGAGGAACUGAAACAGUUAAAAUCUACAAGAUUAAGGUUUCUUGUAUCGGGCCACAGCUUUUUGCAAAACGACAUCGAUUUUGGGGACGUAGAAUGCGUGAUUAAAAAACAAAACAAAAUAUUUUCUCCUAAAGAUUAUAUGGACAUCAUGAAUACCUGUAGAAAAAAACGGGCAAUUACUGUGCUUAAAAUGGAAAAAGGUGGCUUCCUGAGCACAAAUAAAUUAGAAAAGAAAAUCGUCAACAGAAAGAAAACUGCAAAUAACGAAAAAAUCAAAGAACAUCAAACAUCAAAGAAAUUAAACUUUUUUUAA